UGUCACUACCACAGUGGCCUCGGGUUGCUGUUCAUAGCAACAGAGCGAGCUCACUUCUGACUGGCCUGCUGGGUAGAAUCCAGGCCACUGGCCACAGCCCAGCUGAGGUUAAUCAAGGUCUCAUCCCAGGCUCUGCAGUCUCUGCUGGUCUCUUGGCCUCACAUCUUCUUUGUGGGAUCCUUCCUUAUUGACAGCUCCUUCAGCUGGUCAGGAAUCCACCGUCCAGGAUUAGAAGGUUUAACAAUCUGAGCAGUGUUCGUGGGAGUCACCAUGUCCUGGUCCUCAGUUCUGAAGAGUCUCCUUGCUGUCUGCAUCUGCACUCACUUGUCUGUCAGCUCUGUGGAGAGUUAUGCUUGUGAUAACAGAAAAUGCUAUAAUGGGAGAUGCGAAUCUAAUCCAAAAUGUCAAUCCACUAAAGGCUGCUUCUUCCAUGUGCAGGAAUUAAAAGAACAAAAUAAUCCAUUCGGAAGCCUAAAGAUUAAGGACAUUAGCUGUUCUGAAGAUGAGUGUACUGAACUAGCAUUCUCAACAACACUGGGGGGCCAGCGGACGUUUAGCUACGACCACCAAUGCUGCUACACCGAGCAGUGCAACACGAUGUCCAAACGUGAUGAUCCUUUUCCAUCUUCCAAACCCCAACCCAAUGGUGUGGAAUGUCCUGCCUGCUACAGUGAGGACGGGAAGUGUGAGCCGGUUCCCCUGAAGUGCACAGGGUUAGAGACGAAGUGCGUUGUGGUUUUUGGUACAGCUUUGAUUAAGGGCCCUGUAUGCUCUAUUAUCCGUGGAAUGGGCUGCGCAACCGAAACUGCCUGCGGCUUGCAGAAUUUGACCAUCCUGGAAAACGCGAAAAUCGAAACCUUCUGCUCCAGUGAGAGUCCCCCUCUCAGGUCCUUCUCAUCUGCCCUGACUUGUCUCUUCCUAAUCAAAGCCUUGCUUUGAUCCCUUGGGGACUGUCACUCCCAUGAUCCUCCCUCACAUUCAGACACAUCAACCACCUUUCAUGACUCCUUUACCCAGCAGGGGAGAAAUAAAAACCACUGACUGU